ACCAAAGACCAGAGCAGCGAACACGGGCUGCUCGCCCCAUCUCCACGGUUCCUGCGCCAGGCAGAACCAGACCAGAGACCAGAACAGCGAACACGGGCUGUUCAACCCCAUCUCGAGUCCUGCAACAAGAUCAGAAGACCGUGAGUUGCCGCCUCCCUGCCAGCCUCGUCGGCGACAAUCUAACGGAGAGCGUCCAGUCCAAGCCAUCAUCAAAAAUGGCUCAAAAAGUGGCAUCCCACAAAGUCAAGAAGAUGCGCAAGCCAUCGCAUCCCAAACCCUUCGACAUGACUCGGCUGUUGCAACAAGUCACCGAGCUGUCCGAAAAGACACCUCUCGCCCGGCAGAGCCCCCAAGCCGGAGCCAACCAACCCAAAAAGGAGGCGAACACCCACCCUCCUCCCCGUCAAACCCCCGAUCGCAGCACAAAAGCCAAGCAACGCUCGAUCCCCUUCAACGAAGAGCACGAUCUCGACCCGUGGAUGCUCUUCCCCAACCUGUGCGAGCCGACGUCGGCGCUCAGGCACGAUUCGGAGACGUACGUGCGGCAGGCACGCGAGGCGGCCGCGGCGCGAGAACAGAGAUACUGCGCGCGCAGAGGCAGUCCGCUUAAGUAUGCGGAGUUGGUGGAUUUGGUGCAGAUGAAUUAUGGGAUUGGCAAGUACGCUUUUCCCGCGACGACGACGAUGAUGACGACGACGCCGACACGAAGUGUUGGUGAGCCGAUGGAGUUGGACUGGUGAUUCACAAAGAAUCACGAGUCUGGAAUGAUGAACGAUGAACGCUGAACGAUGAACGACGAAACAUGGACUGGUGGAGGAAACAAAGUCACCUCAUUGAAAGUCAUCACUGAUGACGGCAACUCACGGACUGGCGGUGGACUCAAAGUCACAAAAAGGGCACAGGUUUCUUUUU